AUGAAAGACUGGCGCUGGCUACCUCUGCAAAGAGUGAUCUACCCCUCGGUGGAUUACCCCACAGCCAAGAUGUCCCAGUCCUCCACGUCUGACGAGACUCCGACCUUUGAGCAUCUUUGGAGCAGUCUUGAGCCGGACAGCACGUAUUUUGAGCUACCUCAAACCAGCCAUUCUGGUGAGAGGGUCGUUUCCACAAGUCUACCCAGUAACCGUGCAGAGGUCUGCAUGGACGUUUAUCAUAUGAGGGAUCUGAACGACAAUGUAAUGUCACAGUACAGCCUGCUGAGUAACAGUAUGGAGCAUAGCCUUGCCAACCGAGCUGCCUCCACCAGCCCCUACAGCUCCGAGACCGCCUCCAACGUGCCUACCCCGUCGCCCUACUCACAGCCCAACUCCACCUUUGAUGCCAUGUCGCCGGCCCCAGCCAUCCCAUCCAACGCCGACUACCCCGGGCCACACAACUUUGAGGUCACCUUCCAGCAGUCCAGCACGGCCAAGUCUGCCACAUGGACGUACUCUCCACUGCUGAAGAAGCUGUACUGUCAGAUUGCUAAGACCUGCCCCAUUCAGAUCAAACUGAGCUCUGCACCCCCCCACGGCAGCGCCAUCCGGGCCAUGCCCAUCUAUAAGAAGGCAGAGCACGUCACCGAGGUGGUCAAACGCUGCCCCAACCACGAGCUCGGACGAGACUUCAAUGACAGUCAAGCCGCGCCUGCCAGUCACCUGAUCAGAGUGGAGGGGAAUAACCUGUGUCAGUAUGUGGAUGAUCCAGUCACAGGCCGCCAGAGUGUGUUAGUGCCAUAUGAGUCCCCACAGGUGGGAACUGAAUUCACAACAAUUCUGUAUAACUUUAUGUGUAACAGCAGCUGUGUGGGCGGAAUGAACCGCAGGCCCAUUCUCAUCAUUAUAACACUGGAGACCAGAGAUGGUCAGGUUCUGGGUCGGAGGUCGUUUGAAGGUCGGAUAUGCGCGUGUCCUGGUCGAGACCGUAAAGCUGAUGAGGAUCAUCACAGAGAACAACAGGCGCUCAAUGAGAGUGUGGCCAAAAACAGCAACGCCAACAAACGCAACUUCAAGCAGACCCCACCCAACAUCCCAGGCCCUUCCGUAAACAUAAAGAAACGGAGACAUGGGGAGGACGAGCUGUAUUAUGUCCCAGUGCGUGGAAGGGAGAACUUUGACAUCUUGAUGAAGAUUAAAGACAGUCUGGAGCUAGUGGAACUGGUACCUCAGCAAAUAGUGGAGUCUUACAGACAGCAGCAGCAGCAACUGCUCCAGAGGCAGAGUCAGGUUACCUCUCCGUCAGCCUACAGUAAUCCUCUCAGUAACAUGAAUAAGAUCCACGGUGGUGUGGGUAAGCUGCCGUCAGUGAACCAGCUGGUGCCUCACCAGAGUCAGCAGAGUGCCGGGCCCUCAGCUGUGAUGUUUUUUAUAAUGUCAGGUCCAAACAUGCUGAGCGGUCACCAUAUGCAGACAAACGGGGACCUGAACGGGACUCAUCCAGCCCAGUCUAUGGUGUCUGCAUCCCACUGCACGCCUCCCCCUCCAUACAACCCCGACCCCAGCCUGGUCAGUUUCCUAACCAGCCUGGGCUGCCAAAACUGCAUCGACUACUUUACUUCCCAAGGCCUACAGAGUGUCUACCACCUCCAGACCCUCUCUAUGGAGGAUCUUGGUGCUCUGAAGAUUCCUGAGCAGUUCAGGCUGGCCAUCUGGAGGGGUCUGCAGGACAUGAAACAGGGCCAUGACUAUGGCCAGCAGCUCAUCCGCUCCAGCAGUAACAUGGCCACCAUGGCCAUUGGUCCCAGCGGAGAAUUGCAGCGCCAGCGCGUCAUGGAGGCGGUCCACUUCCGCGUCCGCCACACCAUCACCAUCCCCAACCGCGGCGGGCCCGCGGGAGCUGACGACUGGGCGGACUUCGGCUUUGAUAUGCCAGACUGCAAAACGACGCGCAGGCAGAACUCCAUCAAGGAAGAGUUCACGGAGAGUGAUGUUCACUAG